UUGAGCUAGGGUUUCAAUCUGUUCUGUCGUACCCUAGUGACCUAACUUCUACGGCCGUUGACGACGAUGCUCCACUCGACCAUCCGCCGCCAUCCUCUUCUUCCUUUGCCCCAACUCCACCGCAUUUUCUUCGCCACCUCCACCUCCUCCCCCUUGUCAGGCGGCGGCACCUCUUCUCGCGAGCCUCACUUCAUGGUCGAGUAUCUCGUGAACUCGUGCGGACUCUCUGUGGAGGAGGCGUCGAAGGCCUCCAAGCACCUCGCGCAUCUCCGAUCGACGGAGAAUCCCAACGCUGUUCUUGCUUUCUUCAGAUCUCAAGGCAUUGAUGGCGCUAAUCUCCGGAAGAUGAUAUCCUGGAAACCAGCGUGCCUCUGCUACAAUGUGGAAUCAAGCCUCACCCCGAAGUUUCAAUUUUUACGCGACCUGGGGUGGUCAAAAUCCGACCUCGUUGAUGUCAUUAUGAGGAACCCCACCAUCAUAUUCUUCAACAUCCAGCAUACUCUUGUCCCCAGAUUGAAUGUAUGGGAAAACCUCUUUGGAUCCAGGGAGCUGCUCCUCAAGAAUAUUAGGAAGGGGAGUUGGUUUUUGAACACCAGGUGUGAGAAUGUGGUACGUCUUAACCUGAACUUCUUACGGGAUGAGUGUGAUAUUCCUCUCGAAAGGGCAUCAUUUGUCCUCAAAAAGCAACCAACUUUCAUUGUACAAAACCCAAACUCAUUACGGGCUUUGGUAGAUCGAGCGGAGGGAAUGGGAUUUACUAGGAGAUCUCGAAUGUCCCUCUGGAUCCUUGACAUUCUGUUUAAGACCAGCAGAGAAAAACUUGAUGCGCACUCCAAGCUCAUGAGCAACUUUGGGUGGUCGAACUCGGAGUUCUGUACUGCGAUUGGAAAAAAACCUUGCUUUUUAAAUCUUUCCACUGAUAUCUUACGGAUAAAGAUGGAAUUUUUGAUCAAGGACAUUGGGUUCACCCCAUCCAGCAUUGCUGAACAGCCGUCACUUUUAGUAUUCAGUUUGAAGAAGAGGAUGAUUCCUCGAUUUCAGGUGAUGAAGAUAAUAAAAUCAGAAGGGUUGUGGACUUCAAAAGACAAACUACAUACAUUUUUCAUAAUGCAAGACCCAAAAUUUCUGAAGAAGUAUAUUCUUCCUUACAAAGAUAAAUUCCCCAAACUUCUGGAGGUCUUGUGAGCUGUAGCUGAAUGAUAGUCGGAUAAUUGAAACUGCAAAAGAGAACAAGGAGGUUGAAGUAAUCUUGUAGUUUUGGGAAUUAUUUUUGGUUUUAAGGGAUAUAAUUGGUUAUGAGAAAGACGGAAUUCUCCACCGGGUUCUGGGUUUCGGCCGAUCAACGCCCCCACGUCGGCGAGCUACGGGGAUAUGGCAACUGGGCACAGGGACCUUCGCAUGCUCCUUGUCGGCGCGAUCUCACAGGCUAGGAAUUCCGGCGGCGAUGCGAGAUGGAAAAGGCAAGUUCAUAUCCCUAUGGUAGUUUGAGAUCCAUGAGGUAAGGGAGAGUAACUUAAGAGAUGAUGAAAUGCUUACCUGUGAGGUUUGAUUGAUUGUUUGGUCUACGAUUCCAGGUUUCUGUGACGAAUUUGCUUGUCUUGUGUUUUCUUCGGGUUUCCGCAAAGGAUUUGGGGGUCGAUGAUUGGGUUCGGAGUUGGGAAGAAGGGAUGUACUAGCUAAGCAUUGCGAUUUGUUUUUCCCUUUGAGGUUUCUGUCUCCUUCGGGAUUCUUUCAGGUCCGAUUUGAUCUUGUGAUCGCUGGAACUUUGGACAGUUUUGAUUUGUAAGCUGAUUUUCGAGGUUGCGAUGGUUCUUCUAUGUGGUUAGGAAUUUCAGAUCAGGUGUUUCUUGAAUUGUUGAUUCAGCUUCUGUUCUGAGAUUGUGAUGUAUUUUGUGUUGUUGGCAUUUCUGUGAGUAGAUUUUUGUAAAUCUUAGUUCGAUUCUUUUUCCUCUUUGAGAUUGUUCUUGCUUCCUUAUGGUGUUUUGUUUCAGAUCAGUAAUUGAAAUGUUGAUUUUGGCUCUCGGUUCAGAAGUUACGAUGCAUUCGUGUGUUGAUUGUGUUCCAGAUGGUUCUUUGGGGAUUAAGCUUGGAUCGAUGAUGUUCGAUUUUCUAUUGCUUUCGAAGGACUUGGACAGAUUGCAAGUGCAUUUUCUUUAUGUUGUUGGUAUGGAUUCAAGGAGGUAAGGGUUGAAUGUCUUGGAAGAGUCGAAUUGCUUAGUUCCAUGAUGUCCGAAAGUAGGAUUUGGUUGCGAACCGAUUUCCAUUGAUGUUCUGGUUUCUUCUUGUGAAUUAAUUCGGGUUUCUGCACUAGGUUAGGGAUGAAUGGUGGAAAAACGAUUUCUGUUGAUGUUUUUGUUUUCUCCCUAAAGUUUCGUUCAUUUCUUCUAAGGGCUCGAAUGUUGGAAUUGAGAUAUUGUUUUGUUCCCUCUUACCGAUUUGGAAUUCCCCUUGUAUUUUCAAGGGCUGUCGUUGUUUGUUUCAAUUGCUGCUGUGUUUUAUUUCCCAUUUGUUGUUGUGUUUUAUUUGCAAUAGCUACUCUUAUUCUUCAUGGCACCUUCGGAUUUCUGGGACAAUUCAUGAGAGAGAGAAGAGUUCUUGCGGAGUAUUCUUGUUUCCUUGUGGUUACUGAGAAUGGUUGGACAGAUUUUGGUUGUUUUGGUUUCUCCUCGAUGCUUCCGAGUUGCUGAACGGUUUUUCUUUGGGGGAAUUAGAUUACAGGUCAAGAUGAUCUCGUUUCUCUUCGUGGUUUUCCGAAUUUCUCAACAGAUUGUCGUGAUUUCGAUGGUGAUUGAUAACAUUCUUGCUAUUCAUGGUUGUGUUAUGCAAUUCUGAGCAGAUUUUGGGUGAAUUCCACUGUGAUCGAGAUGUUUCUUCUAGUGAUUAUGAAUUUGUGUGGGACAGAAAUUUGGUACAUUCAGCUAUGGUCAUAGUGUUCUCGUUUCUUCUCGCUAAUUCCGAAUAUGAGGGUUCAAUUUCGAUAUUGUUUUGUUUUCCGGAAUAUUUGGGAAUUAGGUGUGGAAUACUGCCUUCUAUAUUUUGCUACGAUGAGUUCUACCCAAUGGCUUUGAGGUUUUGGAAAGGUUUUGAAUUGACUUUUGGGUAUGCAUGUUUCUGUCGUUUUUCCUCCAAGUAGAAAUGUUUAUAGAAUGAAUGAAAUGUGUUAUUGAUAUAGGUAUAAUGUGGAUUGGUUAUAUUUAUAUGUGGCUAAUUGGAUAGAUAUGAGCAUAUGUGAUGACAGUACGGGUUGGAUGACUCGGGAUGAGUUCCGGGGAGGAUCCUUCCAAAUAUGAUUGAUAUUGUAAGUUAUGACCGAAAUUGUAAUUUAUUGUUAGCUUCGGCUAUAUGACUGCAUGUUCUCUAGGAGGUACCUCUAGAGUCAUGGGACUGUUGACUGCUCUAAAAGUGGUUACCGGAUAUGUGACAUACUUACCCUCAUUAGCUAUGUAUGACCUUUUGCAUAUCGUAUUUUUUUCGCUAUACUGUAUUUGAGUUAUGUUUUAUGUCUACUAGUUGCUAUUUCUGCUACUUUAUGGAUGCCAUUUUAUUCAUAUCGGAUUGUGCUUGUUGGGUCCGUAGACUUAUGAUGUCUACGUUACAGGUGAGGAUGUUUCCCAGGAUAUAACGAAAGGCCUACGGACUGAGUAGACGAGGAGGCGGGAUGGACGCGUGACACUGUCCGAGCAUUUUAGGAGUGUAGAAUUUACUUGUCCUAUUGUGAGAGGUUCUUAUGUUUGAGGAUUCAUUGACUCUUUCUAUUAAACUCUUGUUUGAGAAGCUAUCAUUACAUGGAAUAAGCUAGAUCAUUUCGAUAGAA